AUAAAUAUUAAUAUUAAAAAAUUUAUUAUCAGAAUUAAAAUACUAAAAACAAAGAUAAAAACAAGUAAUGUUCAUUAUAAAUUAUGAAAUAAAGUAAAUUAAAAUUUUGAUAUCGAAUAAAAUUGAACAUCGCUUUAAAAGAUGCAAAAAUAGAUUUUCUCCAUUAGACAAACUCACUUUACAAGGAAAGUGGUCUAUGAUUUAAUAAUAUGGAUGGAAAAAGCAAAUAAUUCUGUAUUAGAAAGAAGAAAUUAUCAUUUUGGAGAAAGGUGGCAGAGCAAAGUCAUUCAAUAUUAAUGACCGUUGGGGAAGUUGAAUACCAUCCCAAAUCUUUAAUGCUAUUCAAAUCUCUUCUUCAUACCCAGCUCAUCUGAAAUGCACCCAUCAAUGCACCUGCCUUUCUCACUCUCUCUGUCAUCGAUCACCGCCAUUUUCUUGCUUCUCUUUAUCACCUUAUUACAAUUGCAUGAGCUUUUUGUGUCAAGUUUCACACUUAGAUUGCAUGAAAAUCUUCUGUAGUUCUUCCCUCAGAGGUUUCAAUGCAUAGAAGCUUUGUAGUUAACGAUAUAAGCAAGGUCCGUGUAUUAUUUUGACUUGAGUUUUUUUUCCCCUUUUUCCUUUUUAUUACAUUAUUAUUUUUUUUUUUUCUCUCUUGUGUUCGUUGGGUAGACGAACAACUCUGGCGGACAAAUCAAGGCUACAGAUUUUGAAUAUUUGAACUUUUCCUGGUUUCCCCAUUUCCCAUUUGCUUAGAAACUGAUUUAAGAAGAUAAUAUUGGUGUUGUUUCCUUCUUUAGUUUUGUACUGUUGUGUUGCUUUUACCCUGGAUUUGGGGUUAUCAAAAGAAGUAUCUUGAUGGGUUGGUUUGAAAAUCUUAGUAAAGAGCUGAAAUGUUUGUUUGGUUUUGGUUGUAAGAUCUACCAAUAAAGAUUUGAUUCUUUUAAUGCACGGUAGCAACUUGGGAUGCAAAAAUCUGUCGUUUCUAAGAAGAUUUGAGGAAUUUGUGAUUGUGUCAGCAAUAUUAGUAUAAAAAUCAGAGUUGGGUUGCUUUCACUAUUUGAUAUAUGGUUGAGGAAAUUUUAAUGCUGAUUUGUACUUAAGAAUCCAAACAAGAAAGUACACGGUUGUUAGGGUUGAAGUAUUGUAGUUUGAUUUCCCAUUGUCGAUUUUGGUUGAUUUGUUGGUGUUGUUUUUGCUGGAAAUUAAGAGAUGGUUGGAAGUAUUGAGACAAUGAAUGUUCAUCAAAAUGGAUGGUCUAUUCACAAUGGUAAUGGUCUGGAAGAGAAGCUUGACGAGCUUCGAAGCCUUCUUGGAAAGGCUGAUGGUGAUCCUCUGAGGAUUGUUGGUGUUGGGGCAGGUGCCUGGGGAAGUGUUUUUGCUGCUUUGCUGCAAGACAGUUACGGUCAGUUUCGAGAUAAGGUUCAAAUCAGGAUUUGGAGAAGGCCAGGAAGAGCUGUUGAUAGAGCUACAGCAGAACAUCUAUUUGAAGUGAUCAAUUCAAGGGAGGAUGUAUUGAGGAGGUUGAUCCGGCGAUGUGCUUAUUUGAAGUAUGUCGAGGCAAGGCUAGGUGAUCGGACUCUUUUCGCAGACGAGAUUUUGAAAGAUGGGUUUUGCUUGAACAUGAUUGAUACUCCACUUUGUCCUCUGAAAGUUGUGACUAAUCUGCAAGAGGCUGUUUGGGAUGCAGAUAUUGUGGUGAAUGGUGUGCCUUCAACUGAAACUUCAGAGGUGUUUGAAGAGAUUAGUCAUUAUUGGAUGGAGAGAAUCACUAUGCCUAUCAUUAUCUCUUUAGCAAAGGGUAUAGAGGCUGCAUUACAACCUGUUCCCCAUAUAAUUACUCCUACGCAGAUGAUCAAUAGAGCGACUGGGGUGAGCAUGGAGAAUGUACUUUAUCUUGGUGGACCAAAUAUUGCUUCAGAGAUAUACAACAAAGAAUAUGCUAAUGCUCGAAUAUGCGGAGCUGAGAAAUGGAGAAAGCCUCUUGCUAAAUUUCUAAGGCAACCACAUUUCAUUGUAUGGGACAACAGUGACCUUAUCACUCAUGAAGUAAUGGGUGGCCUCAAGAAUGUCUAUGCCAUUGGAGCAGGAAUGGUAGCAGCCCUUACUAAUGAGAGUGCUACGAGCAAGUCAGUAUAUUUCGCACAUUGUACAUCAGAGAUGAUAUUUAUUACUCAUUUAUUGGCCGAAGAACCUGAGAAGCUCGCAGGGCCUUUGCUGGCAGACACUUAUGUAACCUUGUUAAAAGGUCGAAACGCAUGGUAUGGCCAAAUGUUAGCAAAAGGGGAACUCAACCGGGACAUGGGCGAUAGCAUCAGUGGGAAAGGAAUGAUUCAGGGUGUUUCUGCAGUUAAAGCUUUCUAUGAACUCCUAAGUCAGCCAAGCUUGAGUGUACUGCAUCCCGACGGAAAGAAGCCUGUCGCACCUGUUGAGCUCUGCCCCAUCUUAAAAACACUGUAUAAAAUACUUAUAUCAAGGGAACAUUCAUCACAAGCUAUUUUACAAGCACUAAGGGAUGAAACUUUGAACGAUCCCCGGGAACGCAUCGAGAUUGCACAAAGCCAUGCUUUCUACAGGCCUUCUCUUCUUGGCCAGCCUUGAUAUUUUCAUUGCUAUGAGAAGUAAUCAUGAAGGAAUUUAGUAAAAUAUAUAUAAAAAAAUUGUUACAUGAAUUGUCAACCAAAACAUAUUGGUUGUAAUGAAUAUUGCAUCAUCUAAAAGUAAGAAAAGGUUAUAGUAAAUAAAUUUCAUCUUUGCUUUCAAGUUUUA